UCAAAACGCGGCCGGGCUCUGGCACCGGCAGUCCGUACCCCUGUCCCUUGGCUACGGGGGGCCGGGCGCUGCCGGCGGGGAUGCCCGGUGGGGCCGCGGCCUGAGGCGGCCGCCCGCCGCCAUGCCGGUAAAGAACCGGUACAACCUGGUGGACGAUGGCUGCGACUCCCGCGUCCCGCUGCACAACGAGGAGGCCUUCCAGCACGGCAUCCACUUCCAGGCCAAGUACAUUGGUAGCUUGGAUGUGCCCAGGCCCAACAGCCGUGUGGAGAUUGUGGCUGCCAUGAGAAGGAUUCGGUAUGAAUUCAAAGCCAAGAACAUUAAGAAGAAGAAAGUGAACAUCAUUGUGUCUGUGGAUGGGGUGAAGGUGAUUCUGCGCAAGAAACAGAAGAGAAAGGAGUGGACCUGGGACGAGAGUAAGAUGGUGGUGAUGCACGACCCCGUGUACAGGAUCUUCUAUGUGUCUCAUGACUCACAAGACCUGAAAAUCUUCAGUUACAUCGCAAGGGAUGGCACCAACAAUUCCUUCAGGUGCAAUGUGUUCAAAUCAAAGAAGAAGAGCCAGGCGAUGCGGGUGGUGCGCACGGUGGGCCAGGCCUUCGAGGUGUGCCACAAGCUGAGCCUGCAGCACGCCCUGCAGAACGCCGACGGGCAAGCGGACGGUGCCAGCGACAAGUCAGCCGAGGAGCAGCCACUGGAAGUUCACCAGAUUAAGGGCUCCAAGAUCACGGAUACAGACGAGGUUGGCAUCGAUUCUGAUGGCAUCUGUGUGUCUGAGAGGGGACCUGGAGAGCUGCCUACUGCCAGGGGGGACCUUGGCAUGCCAAAACCUGGGCAAGCCUCAAAGGAUAAGAACUGCCAGGAUGCCGAGAGCUACUCCCUCCACCCAGCCAGCUCCCAGCAGUUGCUCAGCCCAAGCAGCCCCUGCUCCUCAGCCUCCAUCACCCCACUGGCCUCCCAACACUGCCUCCAGCUGCUCCAGCAGCAGCUCCUCCAGCAGCAGCAGCAGACGCAGGUGGCUGUGGCCCAGGUGCAGCUGCUCAAGGACCAACUGGCCGCCGAGACGGCAGCACGGAUUGAAGCACAGGCCCGGGUCCGGCAGCUGCUGUUGACCAACCGUGACCUGCUACAGCAUGUCUCCUUGCUGGUGCGGCAGCUGACAGUGUUGGAAGCCCAGGAACACCACCGGCAACCAGUUGACCGCUCCUUGCAAAACCUGUCCUUGGCUCAGUCCCUCUCCCUGAACCUGAAGAACCACUACAGCUUGGAUGUCCACCUGCCAUCCACCUCCACCCCUGCCAGCAUCCUGGGCAGCCCUGUGGCCCCUGGCUCACUGCCAGCCCUGGGCCCUGGGGACUCCUACCUCAACCUCAUUGGCCUGGAGCGGGGUGGCCAUCGCUACAGCAGCAAGGAUGGGGACGAGUGCCUGGCUGUGCUGGAGGGGCAGGACGGCCUCAGUCGGCGCGUGGAGGGCUCCGAGGUCAGCGAGUUCGCUCUGCUCAACGGGAGCAGCCGGCAGAAGGCAGAUGACACGGACAGAGGGGACGAGGACAGGCGCCAGCAGCCCAUUCCCAAGCUCAACCCUCCACCGCCCAUCCUACGCAAAAGGUCAAGCAAGACCUCUCCGAGCUUGGAAGUAGAGGCGAAGCCUGAGGGUGCUGCCCACUUGAGCCUGCCCAGUUCCAGUGUCUCCAACCUCACCAGCAUCACUGCCAGCUCACUUACCCUCUUGGACCCUGAGGCAAGGACUCCUGCACGAAGUGCUGCCUCCAGCACGGAGCCCGGCAUCUGCCAGCAUGCUCUGGGCAAAGUCAGGACUGGAGAGAGUGGGCAGAUGUCCCCCCUGGCCAGCACCCACAACCCUGCGGCCAGCGGGGCUCUGGCCAAGGACUUGGCUGCCCUGGCCAGCCCCACGGACAUCACACUGCCCUUCUACUCUGCAGAUGACACUUGCUUGCACAUCAGUUUCUCAGAAGAUGAGCUGCUUGAACCAGAGCUGGACACUGCCAGGGGGCCCAGCAGGAUCCCCCCUUAAUGGGACAGCAGUAGACAGCAGCUGGCUGGCAGGAGUUCCAGCAGCAUUGUCCAUGCUGCUCCACCAGCCUGAGCUAGGGUUGGGGGCCCUGCCAGGCUAGGAAGCAGGCUCCUUUGUGAUCCCCCACCCACACAGCAGCUCCUCCUGCCACAUAUGGGGGUCUGCCAUGCAGAUGUGACCUGGCCAGCCCCUGCCCUUGGUCUGCACCAGCUCACACUGCCUUUCUGUUGCCCUGUCCUUCCACCUGCAGCUGGUCUUGUCCCUUGUCACACAGCCACAGGUGCUGCUCCUCAAGCAGCUCUCUCUCUUGUCACUAUGUCCUUUCUGCUGGCUGGGUGGCUGCAGGCAGCCCACACCAGCCCCAGCCUUCCCACAGCAGAUGGAUGCCAACAGCACUGCUGAAGGCCAGGGCACUCUGGACAGUGAUGGCACAGGUCAGACUUGGGAGAGGUUCCCAUUUAGCCAGCAUUCCCCAUGGGAUGCUCCAUGGCAAAAACAUUCCCAGGACUUGAACAAUAGGAUCCCCUGGGCAGAGGCAUGGCACAGGACCAGGCUGUGAACAUCUGGGCACAAGGCUGCUGUCAGUUCAUCAGUCACCACCUGUGGUAGCAGUGUGAGCAGGGCUCUGUGGCAUGGUUAUGGUGCCCCUCCCCUGCCUGGCUCCUCAAAGUGGAUGCCAGGAUGCCACCAUACUGCCACAGGCUAGGUCUCUCCAGGGCAGCCUGUGUCCACCAGUGCCAUGCUGCACCCACCCCAGCCCCGCUUUUGGGGACAGCAGCCCCACCGCCAUGUCACUGUAUGGCAAAGCCACCACUGCCUCCCUCCACAGGUGCCUUUUCCUUUUCCCCAGCACUCAGUGCCCACCCAGGCUGGGGCCACCCCCCAAAGGCCCCUAAUUUGGUGCAGGGCUGGCUCUGGGAGUCUGCUGCUGUGGUGGAUGACCCCCCAGAGGGAGGGUGCACCCCCUGUCUUGGGGUUGGGGUGGUGCCUGCCUCUCUGAGUUGCAGGCAGAAGGCUGCUCCAAUUGUGCAGAUUGUAGGGAGUUAUGUUGUGGUUUGGGUUUGGUCUCAGAGGUGUGAGUGUCCUGGGAUGAGUUAAGAUUUAAGGAAGAAGCAAAGGUGAAGGGCGAGGUGGUGCCACAUCUCCCCUUCAGCCCUGGGCAGGUUUUGGGGUGGGACCCAAAGAGAUGCUUGUCCAGCUUGGUUGUUUGUGAGAGCAUUGGGAAAGUGUUGGAGGGUUGAGUUGAGGAAGUGUCUAAGGAAAUGGAGACUUGGAGCAGUCACAUUGCCUGUUCUGGCACAUUGCUUCUCCCAUGGUGGGGGGAGAUGUAAGGUGACAGGACAUGGACUCCAGAGCCAGCCAGGAAGAGAUGGUGGCAUCACUGCUGGUGACUGGGCCUAGGGGCUUGUAAAGCUGUGGCUGGGCUGUCCUGUAGUGCAGUAGAGACAGACCAGCCCCUCUGUAGGAAUCAAGUACACUGCAGUUUGGUAACUGACUUUUAAAGAAAGAAGUAAUAAUAAAGGUGUCUGAUUUGCAGAGCAAGUGUCAUGGUCUCUGCUCCACUGGGGCCUGCGUGCAUGGAGUCCCAAGCCACUGGUGUAGAGUGGAGACCCCCUGGGUAUUCCCAAAGAAGAAAGAAAGCUGCCCUGAGCCACUGCACCCUCCCUGCCCUACAGCCCCAGCUUAAACACAGGUCCCAGCAACCCCAUCUGCUCCUGCUCAGUGCUGGUGACAGCAGGAGGU